AUGAGAGUUGCCAACACGCUUGAACGAACAAUGCAACUAGUCGUGUUGAGUUUGGCCAGUGGCAUCCUUGGACAUGGCAUGUACCCUUUGACGCAGUUUGAUUCCUCAAAAACAGUGUCGCAGUUGCUUAUCAACACAGUUUGUUCCAUGGUCCUCUUCAUCAGUCUUCAAGUUGCAGGCUUUGUGGUACUGCCUGCUGCCAUGCGACAGACGGGUCACUUCGUAUCAGCUCCCCAAGCGCCGUGGACGGUGGGGGAGAGGCUCUCAUCCAAGGAGGUGAACAAGGAACUGGAGAACUAUUUGAAUCCCUGGUUGGAAGCCGGUCGAACUGUCCAAGAAUUUCAGAAGUGGCAGAAUGCAAGUUGGAGACCCAAGCUUUGGAGUGCUGUCUUUGGUCGGAACUCACAAGAUCAAAGACAAGCUGAAAGACAUCGCCGAGGCGCCGUGGUCGAGGAUGGACUGCUCCUCAGUGGCACUGGUGAUGGUGACGUCUACGCCGAGGUAAGCGCUCAACAGGGGCUCGACCAUGAGUUUGCCACUAGACAUCUUGCGAAAGCCAGAAAUGAGCGCAUCACUUAUGCAGCAAAUGCAUACCAAUUCUUGCGAGAGGCUGAGCAGGCUGCCCAGCUGCCUACGAAGCCGACCAGCUGGGCCAGCUGCCAGCAGCAGCUGGGUUCCUUGCUUGCUGCACUCAUGGACGCUUGCAACGAUCGGGGGCCCGACCCGAACUGCCGCCACAGUGUCGAGAGCCUCUUCUUGAGAGGGAAAGAGAUGGCUUUGACGAUACCCGCAAGGGCAGCCAUUGCACCUUGCACAGCACACCGCAGCCUCCGAGAUCAAGAUCUCAGAACCACGUCUUGA